AAAUGUUCAGAUUAACCACACUAUUUGUUUGCAUAUCCUGUGUAUAUAAGUUCCUAAUUAAGUACUAUAGGUAGAAUUUACCAUAUGCUUGGACUUAAUCUAGAUGUUGCAAAGAAUUAUUUUAAAUGGAUCAAAUUAGACCUUCGAGGGGAAAAGCUCGGGGACGUCCUCAGAUAGCAUCAGAUCAACAGGGUUCAUCUGGACUUUCUCAAGGAAUUAGAGGACCUAGACCAAUACAUUCUACACAAUUUAUUGGACCAAGACCAAUCAUAUCACAGCCAACACCUACUCCACAAUCAUUCCCAACACCAAGGCCAGGUGCAGCUAUGCAACGUCCACCUCGUCAGAUGCCACCAAGAGCUGCUGGUGCCCCGCAGCAAAGGGCACCGCAGCAAAGGGCCCCUAGACCUUAUGCACCAAGACCUGUAGUUUCUAGUGAUAUAAGUUCAGCUCCCAGACAAGACCUAAUGGCAGGAGUGCAACAAGUUACAGAAGGACUUAAAACUUUAGAUGGAGGAGGAGGAGAUACACCAUUACCUUUAGGGCGAGGCGCAGUACGAGGAAGAAGACAAAUUGAUCUUGAACAUUAUAGGACACCAAGGCCUCAAUCUUCAUUAGGAGAGAAAGGAAAACAAGGAACUACUGGGCAGCCAGUAAAAUUGUUGGCUAAUUAUUUUCCAAUCACUUCAUAUACAAAUUGGUGUUUGUAUCAAUAUAGAGUUGAUUACAAUCCUGAAGAAGAUAGGAUUAGCACUAAAAAAGGAUUAUUAGCUCAGCAUCGAGAACGUUUAGGAGGAUAUUUAUUUGAUGGAACAAUGUUAUUUUCUGGAAGCCGAUAUGACCCACCGAAUUUUGAACUCACAUCUACACGUCGCUCAGAUGAUCAAAAAAUUGUUAUUACAGUGAAAUUCACGAAUGUAAUAGAAACUGGUGAUUAUGCCAACAUUCAAGUCUUCAAUUUACUUUUGCGUAAUUGUCUUCGACAUCUAAACCUAACGUUGAUAGGAAGAAACUUUUAUGAUUCAAAAGCCAUAAUUGAAUUACAUCAACAUAAGCUCCAACUUUGGCCAGGCUAUGAAACAACAAUUGGCAGAUAUGAAGAUAAUAUUUUACUAUGUGCAGAAAUAUCUACCAAAGUCAUGCGCCAAGACACUGUAUUGGAUUUUUUAAAUCAGUGUGCUACUGAUAGAAAUCGUGACAGAGAUUGGAUGAUUAAAUUUAAAAGCGGUAUUGUUGGUACCACAGUUAUGACAAAGUACAACAAUGAAACAUACAGAAUAGAUGACGUAGAUGAAAAUUCGGACCCAACUUCUGAAUUUAGUAAAAAAGACGGAUCCAAAAUAUCUUAUAUUCAAUAUUACAAAGAAAAAUACAACUUAACGAUUCGAGGUGGCAGGCAACCAAUGUUGAUUUCUAAAAAUAAAAGAUCCAUAAGACAAUUUGGAAUUGAAGAUACAUUGGUGUAUCUGGUUCCAGAAUUAUGCGUUAUGACUGGUAUAACUGAUGCCAUGAGAAAUAAUUUCACACUCAUGAAAGAUAUGGCUACAUAUACCCGCAUAAAUCCCAGAGAACGUACAGAAAGACUAACAAAUUUUGCAAAUCGUCUUCUCAAUACACCUAAAUCUGUAGCUGAAUUGAAAAACUGGAACCUGACAUUAAGUAAUAGGCUUGUUGAAUUAACAGCUCGUACUUUACAACCAGAAACAAUUCAAAGUCGUACUAAUAAGUAUAACGGCGGUAAUGAAGCAGAUUGGACUAAGUGUUUACGUGCUUUACCUAUGUUCACGUCAGCAAUUGUGAAGCACUGGGUUAUUUUAGCUCCAAAAGAAAAUUGUCGAGAAGUUGAUACAUUUGCUCAAUCUCUUGCAAAGGCUGCUCAAGGAAUGUCAUUUAUUCUACCUAGGCCUGCUAUAGUCCCCAUGAAUGAUGGGAGAUCUAAUAGUUUUUUAAUGCAUAUUGAACAAGUACUUAAUGAAUCAAAUCCAGCAUUGAUUUUAUGUGUCAUUCCAUCGUCACGUGGUGAUGUUUAUAGUUUAAUUAAACGAAAGUUAUGUAUCGAUAGAGCAGUACCAUCUCAAGUAGUACUGGCGAAGAACGUACAAAAAAAUAAUAUGUCAGUGUGUACAAAAAUAGCUAUUCAAAUAAAUUGCAAACUUGGAGGUGCUCCUUGGCUAGUUACUAUACCUAAAAAAGGAAUGAUGAUAAUUGGUUUUGACGUAUGCCAUGAUAGUCAACGUAAAAAUAUCUCAUUUGGAGCUUUAGUAGCUAAUAUGAAUGAUACUCAUACGAGUUAUUUCAGUUGUGUUGAACCUCAUGAAAGUGGACAGGAACUUUCUGUUCAUUUUGCUACGGGCGUAAUAAAGGCUCUGGCCAAGUAUAAAACUAUAAAUGGUACAUUACCUUCUUGCAUUGUUGUGUAUAGAGAUGGAGUUGGAGAAGGCCAAAUAUCACAUGUUCAUAAGACAGAAGUCAGACUAUUACAAACUGCUUGUGAACAAGUGUAUGGGACAACAGCUGUUCCAUUUGCGUUUAUUAUAGUCACUAAACGCAUUAGUACUAGAUUUUUUGCUCCUAGUAAAAGUGGUCCUGAAAAUCCUCAACCUGGUACAGUUGUUGACACUGUUGUUACAGAUCCAACCAAAUAUGAUUUCUUCUUAGUUUCACAACAUGUAAGACAGGGUACUGUAACUCCUACACAUUAUAAUGUAAUUGAAGACACGCUUAAACUUCCUCCCGAUAUAAUGCAAAGACUUACAUUUAAGUUGACUCAUAUGUACUACAAUUGGUCGGGUACUGUACGAGUUCCUGCUCCAUGUCAAUUCGCUCAUAAGUUGGCAUUCCUUACUGGUCAGUCUCUCCGUCGUGCUCCCAACACUGGAUUGGAUGAAUUGUUAUUCUUUUUGUAAUUAUUUACCUUGAGGAAAUGGAAUUCCGCUUAUUAAUUACUUCUUUAUAGGAAUUAAUAUUGAAACAUUUAUAUUUUAAUUAAUCUUUUAUAUUGUUUUACGAUAAAGUGUUAAUUUUUUUUUAGCUAAUUAAUAGCUAUUUUUCAUG